AUGCCAACCUGGAGAGCACAUCUCGCCUCAUGGUACCUCUGGCUCUGGCACAAGGGGAACUUCACAUCCGUCGAAGCCCUCCACAGGCGCAUCGCCAAAGCCCGCAAGAACCCGCCCGACUACCGGCCGCCGCAGCACCUGCGCACCGAGUUUAUGAUCGAGGAGCGCCAGGUAGAUGGCUACCCGGUCCUGGAGCUGGCGCCCAAGUCAGAGACGCCCAACGCGGUCCGCAUCCUCUACCUCCACGGCGGCUCGUUCAUGUUCGAGAUCCUCGGGCCGCACUGGACCCUGAUCGCGCUGCUGGCGGAGCGACUGCAGGCCAGCGUCACGGUGCCCAUCUACCCGCUCGGGCCGGAGAAGAAGCUCAAGGACAUGUACGCCAUGCUGCAGCCCAUCCACGACGAGAUGGCGGCAGCGAGGGACGACUCGCCGUUCUUGGUGGUGGGCGAUUCCGCCGGCGGGUGCAUGGCGCUGGUGCUCGCGCAGGAGGCCAUCAGGGCCGGCACACGGUCUGCCGCGGGCCUGGUCGCCAUUACGCCCGUGGUGGACGCUACCUUUACCAACACCGAGGCGCGCGAGCUGUCGAGGAGGGAUCCGUGGCUGGAUGUCGUGGGCUGCAUGGAGGCGGCCGAGCUGGUGAGGGGCGAGUGGCCGACUGACGACGCGCGGGUGAGUCCGCUGUUUGGGGAUUUGGGCGAGAUGCCGCCCAUGAUGCUGCUUGCCGCGGGCGAGGAUCUGCUCACGCCGGAUACGAAGCGGUUUGUCGAAAAGGCCGCUGCCGCUGGGCGCGAUGUGACGCUGGUGGAGGGCCCGGGCAUGAUGCAUGUGUGGCCGUUGGUGCUGCCUGAUCACGACGGCAAGGGGGCGAUUGAUAAGAUGGUGGAAUGGAUGAAGGCGAGGAAGCCGUGA